GUCGAUUUCAUAUCUUCUGAUUUCUACACUGUUGGACAGCGAUUUUUUUCUACACCGUUGAAUUGGACAAUAUUACUUGUCGAUAUGGACGAAAGUUUGGACGUUGGGGAUGCAGAGCGAUUACAAAUUGAAGGGAUUGCCCAGGUCGCUAACUUAGAUGAUAAUACAACGUGUUCCUGCGGUGGUAUGUGUUUGCGCGAAAUAGGACGAAAUGCUUGCCCAUGCAAAACGGCGAGACAGUAUUGCAGUUUAGCGUGCCACGAUGGACUAUCGUUUACGUGUAGGAAUCGCCGUCAUUACAUCGAAAGCGAUUCAGAUUCAUCUGAAGAAUACGAGGACAAUGAAAGUGAAUUACAAGACGUGUCCAGUGACUCUGUCCAAACAAGGUCUAGAGGUAGAUCAGCAAAACGUGUGCGAACUAGCGGGGCGAGUGGAAGCGAGGAUGAAGGACAGGCCACCGAAAAUCGAGGCAGAGGUCGAGGUCGUGGGAGAGGUCGAGGAAGAGGUCGUGGUCGAGGAAGAGGUCGGGCAAGAGGUCGCGGAAGAGGUCGGGGUAGAGGUCGAGAAAGUGGUAGGGGAAGAGGUCGAGGGAGAUUAGUCGAGGAAGGCGACUCUCAACAACGCGUUAUGGCUCAUGACCAACAACUGCAGGACUUGGUUGCACAACUUGAUGAGGCAGCAGUAAGGAGAUUGGCAUUGGAACUCCUGAGAAGACAGCCAGCAGCGUUUGCUGACUUGGUUGAUGGAGAGUUGGCAAACCCAGGAGGUGAGCAAGCUCCACCACAGCCUAACCCCCCACCAGCACAAGCUCCACCACAGCCUAACCCCCACCAGCAGAUAGUCCAGACUGGUGCUUUUGUGGUUGUUGCAUCCCAAUGCCAACACAAGAAGAAAACAAAUGUUGCUGCCGUAGAGUAA